AUGGCUAAAUUAACUCAAGGCAGAGUAGGUGCAGCACAAAUCAACAUCACCACAGACCAAUCUGCUCUUCUUGCUCUCAAAUCCCAUAUCACUAGUGACCCUCACAACAUCUUGGUCAACUGGUCAACCACCACCUCCGUCUGCAACUGGGUUGGCGUUACUUGUGGUGCUCGCCACCUCAGAGUAGCAUCAUUGAAUCUCUCGUACAUGGGUUUCACUGGCACAAUUCCACCACAAUUAGGCAACCUCUCAUUCCUUGUUGCACUAACCUUCAAUAAUAACAGCUUCCAUGGUUCUAUACCAAUGACUAUCUUCAAUUUAUCUACACUACAACUACUGGAUCUAAGCAAUAACCAACUAUCAGGUGGGAUACCAAAAGAAAUAAGGAACUUAACAAUGUUGAAGGAGAUAUACCUUGACUCCAACAAAUUCAACGAAAUAAUUCCAGAAGAGAUCGGGUUUUUACAUCAGCUGGAGAACUUGUUUGCUCAGUUUAAUGCCUUAAAAGGCCAUGUUCCUAUGGCUGUUUUCAACAUGUCUUCUUUGACUAAAUUGGCUCUAUAUGAAAAUAGCUUGAGUGGUGAUCUUCCAGAUAAUAUAUGCCAGUAUCUUCCUAGUGUUCAGAUGUUGACUUUAGGUCGCAACCAGUUUAAUGGUCCACUUCCAUCCAAACUAUGGCAAUGCACAAAGCUUCUUAUACUAUAUUUGGAGGAAAACAAUUUCAGUGGAAGCAUACCCAAAAACAUUGGGAACUUAACAAUGUUGAAGGAGAUAAACCUUGACACCAACAAUUUGACAGGCACUGUACCAAAUGAGAUCGCUGAUUUACAAAAUUUAGAGGUUUUGGGACUCCAAGAGAAUAAUCUGAAUGGCAUCAUCCCAUUCUCAAUCUUCAAUAUCUCCACAAUAACAAUAAUGGGGCUUGGUUUUAAUCAGCUCUCGGGUAGCCUCCCAGCAAACAUAGGCCUUGGCCUUCCAAACCUACAAAUAUUUGGUGCAGAAGGAAAUAAGCUCAACGGAGUAAUCCCCAACCUCUCCAAUGCUUCUACGCUCACCAAGAUAGAUUUGGGCCAAAACUCAUUUAUAGGGUUUAUUCCAAGCACGCUCUGUGCCUUAACAAACCUUCAGUUGCUUUACUUAGAAAAUAAUAAUUUGAUGAUUGAGACUUCGACUCCAGAAGCAAACACUCUCUCUUGUUUGGCUAAUCUUGCAAGUUUGACAACACUAGAGUUGGGAAAUAAUCCGUUAAAUGCCAGACUUGAUGAUUCCUUUCGGAAUUGCUCUACAUCGUCAUUUCAACAUAUUAAUUUAUUCAAUUCCAGAAUGAGGGGUAACAUUCCCAUUGGUAUUGUCAACUUGAGCAGCUUGAUAUUCCUAGACCUGGGAUACAAUCAAUUGAGUGGAUCAAUUCCAACUUCUGUGGGAAGACUCCGGAAUCUCCAAGUUUUGUACUUGGAUGGUAACAAGUUGCACGGAUACAUCCCAUAUCAACUUUGUCAACUAGAUAACCUAGCUCACUUAGUUUUGGGUAGCAAUCAGCUCUCUGGUUCUAUACCUUCAUGCCUGGGUAAUCUAGCCGCAUCUCUAAGAACUCUAUCACUACACUCCAAUUCGUUGAGUUCCGCAAUACCAUCUACUUUUUGGAGCCUUGCCUAUAUCUUGCGUGUCAACUUAUCAUCCAAUUCUCUAAUCGGACCUCUCUCACAAGAUAUUGGAAAAUUGAAAGUUGUGACAGAGAUAGAUUUAUCAAAUAACCAUUUAUCUGGUAUUAUACCAAGCACUAUUGGGGGUCUUCGGGAUUUGGUUAAUCUAUCUUUGGCAAGUAAUAAUUUGGAAGGCCCUAUUCCAACUACAUUUCACGACUUGCUAAGCCUAGAACUCUUGGAUUUAUCCAGAAACAAUCUGUCUGGUGUGAUUCCCAAGUCUUUAGAAGCUCUCUUACUUCUCAAGUAUCUGGAUUUGUCUUUCAAUAGGCUCCAAGGAGAAAUUCCAACUGGUGGACCCUUCCAAAACUUCUCUGCUCAAUCAUUUGUCUCAAACAGUGCACUCUGUGGUGCACCCCGACUCUAUGUUCCACCAUGCAAAAAUAGUACACAUGAACCAAAUUGGAGGAAAGCUAAAUAUAUCAUCCCCGGGAUCAUAUCAGUAAUUUUCUUAGUGGCCUCUGUAUCUAUCUUUGUACUACGCAGGAAAAGAAAUGUAGAAGUUGCAGGAGAGACUAACUCGUUGCCUCAACUUCUUUGGAGAAGAAUUUCACACCUAGAACUUCUAAGGGCGACGAAUGGAUUUAACGAAAACACUUUACUUGGAAGUGGGGGUUUUGGCUCUGUAUAUAAAGGGACACUUUCAGAUGGGAUAGAUGUUGCAAUAAAGGUUUUCAGUUUGCAGCUAGACGAUGCUUCCAAGAGUUUUGAUAGGGAAUGUGAAAUGCUAAGCAAUAUUCGUCAUCGAAACCUUAUCAAAAUCAUCAGCUGUUGCAGUGAAAUUGAUUUCAAAGCCCUGGUACUAAACUACAUGCCUAAUGGGAGCCUGGACAAGUGGUUGCACUCUCAAAACUACUCUUGUUUGAAUAUUUUACAGAGGUUGAACAUAAUGAUAGAUGCUGCAUCUGCACUGGAAUACCUACACCAUGGUUAUUCAAUACCUAUUGUGCACUGUGAUAUGAAGCCAAGCAAUAUAUUACUAGAUGAUGAUAUGGUUGCACAUGUUGCUGAUUUUGGAAUUGCAAAACUCUUGGGCGGAGGAGAUUCCAUGACCAAAACCAUGACCCUGGCCACAGUUGGGUAUAUGGCUCCAGAGUAUGGAAUGGAAGGAAUAGUUUCAACAAGAGGGGAUGUGUACAGUUUUGGAAUUGUAGUGAUGGAAACAUUCACAAGAAGGAAGCCAACAGAUGAGAUAUUUGGUGGGGAAAUGAAUUUAAAGCAAUGGAUUGCAAACUCACUAGUUUUACCAGAUGCAAUGAUAGAUGAAGUUGUGGAUGCCAAUUUGCUUGGGAUUGGGGCAGAGCAGGAAGAUGAUGAUCAUGUGAAGAAGAGGGAUUGCUUAUCAUCCAUUAUGAGAUUAGCUCUUUCUUGCUGUGCAGAAUCACCAGAAGAGAGGAUAAGUAUGAAGGAAGCUGUAGCCACACUCAACAAAAUCAAGAUGAAGUUUUUGAAGGACGCUGCUGCAGGAGGAGGUGUGCUGUUAAACCGUCCUCUUGCUCAACGCUUCAAUUAA